UUUUAAAGCAAACUGACACAUUAUGCCAUUCCCCACUCGGCCAGAGGACGGGACACGGUGAGGAGUUGCUGUGCUUAUUCUACCCCCUAUCCUGUAGUCACCCCCAUUGUUCUUGUUGUUUAGUUGCCUUCUUAUUAGUUCGGUUACACGGUUAGCUACUUUCAGUCAUGUAUCGGUAUUUCGGGGAGCUGCUGAGCCGCUCUGCGGGUAGUGCCCUGGCCUCGGGGUGCGUUGACUCCGCUCUCCCGGUGUCCUCGUCCCUGAUGCGGGUCCGUCGCUAUGCCGACGCAGCAGACCAGCCCGACGACCCCAACUUCUUCAGGAUGGUCGAGGGCUUCUUUGACCGCGGCGCCAGCAUCGUGGAGGACAAGCUGGUGGAGGAUCUGAGGACCAGGGAGACCCCCGAGCAGAAGAGGCACCGUGUGCGUGGCAUCCUGCGCAUCAUCAAGCCCUGUAAUCACGUCCUGAGCGUGUGUUUCCCCAUUAAGAGGGAUAACGGAGAGUGGGAGGUGAUCGAGGGGUAUCGCGCCCAGCACAGCCAGCACAGGACACCCUGCAAAGGAGGUAUCCGUUACAGUGCAGAUGUGUCUGUGGAUGAGGUCAAAGCCCUUGCCUCUCUGAUGACCUACAAGUGCGCUGUUGUCGAUGUGCCAUUUGGUGGAGCCAAAGCUGGAGUCAAGAUCAACACCAAGAAUUACUCUGAUAAUGAGCUGGAGAAGAUUACCAGGAGAUUCACUAUUGAGCUGGCCAAGAAGGGUUUCAUUGGACCUGGCAUCGAUGUCCCGGCCCCAGACAUGAGCACAGGAGAGAGGGAAAUGUCCUGGAUCGCCGACACAUACGCCAACACCAUCGCACACACUGACAUCAACGCCCACGCGUGUGUGACAGGAAAGCCCAUCAGCCAGGGAGGAAUCCACGGACGUAUCUCCGCCACCGGUCGUGGAGUUUUCCACGGUAUUGAGAACUUCAUCAACGAGGCGUCGUACAUGAGCAUGGUGGGCCUGACACCUGGCUUCCAGGACAAGACCUUUGUCAUCCAGGGCUUUGGUAAUGUGGGUCUCCACUCCAUGAGGUACCUGCACAGGUUUGGAGCCAAGUGUGUGGGCAUCGGUGAGAUUGAUGGAGCCAUCUACAACUCCGAGGGCAUCGACCCCAAACAGCUGGAGGAAUACAAACUGCAACACGGCACCAUUGUGGGCUUCCCAGGAGCCAAACCCUACGAAGGGAACAUUUUGGAAGCAGACUGUCACAUCCUGAUCCCUGCUGCUGGAGAGAAGCAGCUUACACGUGUCAACGCCCCCAAGAUCAAGGCUAAGAUCAUUGCUGAAGGAGCCAAUGGUCCCACCACCCCAGAUGCUGACAAGAUCUUCCUGGAGAACAACGUCAUGGUUAUUCCUGACAUGUACCUGAAUGCUGGCGGUGUGACAGUGUCUUAUUUCGAGUGGCUGAAGAAUCUCAACCAUGUCAGCUAUGGAAGACUGACCUUCAAAUAUGAGAGGGACUCAAACUACCACCUGCUCAUGUCUGUGCAGGAAAGUUUAGAGAGGAAGUUUGGCAAGCAGGGAGGGCCCAUCCCUGUCGUACCUACUGCUGACUUCCAGGCCCGAGUUGCUGGUGCCUCUGAGAAGGAUAUUGUUCACUCUGGGUUGGCCUACACCAUGGAGAGAUCUGCCAGGCAAAUCAUGCGCACAGCAAGCAAGUACAACCUGGGUCUGGAUCUCCGGACGGCCGCCUACGUCAACGCCAUCGAGAAGGUCUUCAAAGUGUACAACGAGGCGGGGCUUACCUUCACAUAAAUGGCUAAUCACGAUCCACACCCCCCCGCCCUCCUGCUAUUGAUAACCCUCUAGGGCCUUCAAAACAUAUCACUGUUUACCGCUGCUCCUUGGCUCUUUCUCUCUCUCUCACACACACACACACACACACACACACACACACACACACACACACACACACACACACACACACACACACACACACACACACACAGGCUAUCCUGGUAUAUUCCCUGUGAUCUUUGUGCUGCCAUUAUACUGUAUCUGCAUCUCUGUUUUAAUGUUGCCCUGUUCUUGUUUUGGCCUGAGGUUAUAUUGAGGAAAAAGCAGACAGAGUACAAUCCUGUCCCUCGCUCCGCCCUCAUAUAAACAUUCAUGAUAUUGUUGUAUGGCAGUCAUGUUCAGAGCACCCAUUAUGUGAUCUCGGAGUGCACGCGUGACCCUCCUGCGGCGAUGGUUUCAGUUGACAGCACUACAGAUGCCUUAUUUCAGAGAGUUCUGCUCUAAAAGGGAGACGGCCACUUAAAUGUAACUUUAAUUAUAAGGGAUUUAGAUUUAACUUCAUAAGAAUAAAAGAUAAUAGUCAUUGUAUUACUCGUCGUCUCACUCUUCAGGUGUAAAGGUUAGUAGUUCAAUUGCCAAAGUUAAACAUUACAAACAAGGAUCCUUUUUUUUUUACUGGCCGAUAUUUGAGAUGCUCUUCCCCUCCCUUUUUCCUGCUUUCGCGUUCCUUUAUCUCGUAUUAAAAGCUGCUUCUCCCUGACCCCAAGAAAGAGGAUCAGGGAGGGCGCGAGGUGUCACUGUGAUCGCCCGUCCCCUGGUUGAAUUCUCCUCAGUUAUAAUCGUCCAGUUCCUCAACAUUGAAGUUAUUUUGGAGGAAAUUACUUUUUACUUUAGUUCAUUUUUUUGGAAACCAAUAAAAUGUUCAGAAAAAGA